AUGAAGCUUGGACGGCUAUAUUCGGCUCUGUUGUAUUCGUUUGUAUAUUGUAACACAUUGUACGCUCUACAUCCGAUCUAUUCAAAAUUACAUCGAAAAUCGAUGCCAACAAAUGGAAGGGGAGAACCGCUUCAAGUUCACGUUGGUUUCUAUGUGGAAAGCCUUGGGAACUUCAGAUCCACCGAAAUGACAUUCGACAUGGAUUUAUACUUAUACAUGAGUUGGCAGGAUACUCGUAUGAGACAUAAUGGCAGCGACUAUGUUCUCGUCAAUGACAAAGCGCUACUGGAUCAAAUGUGGCUACCUGAUCUCUAUUUUGCUAACGCAAGAACUGCUUAUUUUCAUGAAGUGACUGUGCACAACUUUAAUAUGUUCGUAUCACCUGAGGGAGUGAUAGCCUAUGGGACUAGAGUGACAUUGAACCUGGCCUGCCAUCUCAACCUUCAAGAUUAUCCACUGGAUCGGCAAUCGUGCUCGAUUAAGAUCAUCAGUUAUGCUCACGUUAAGCAAGAGAUGAACGCCACAUGGUUCAAUGAUGGUCCGAUACGUUUCAAUCCAGAAAUUGCACUCCCCGAAUAUCAUAUUAUGUCAUUCGAUAAUGAUUACUGUAAUGGCGUGUUCCACUACACUAUCACGCCAAACUCGUCCAGGCUAGGUGACUUCAGUUGUCUGUUAGCCAUGGUGAACCUGAAACGAGCAAUCGGAUUCCAUUUGGUUCAGAGUUAUAUUCCCACUGGAUUAAUCGUAGCGAUCUCAUGGGUAUCGUUCUGGAUUGAUCGUCGUGCAGUGCCGGCACGGGUUUCGUUAUCGUUUACAACGUUACUAACACUCAGCACUCAGGGUAAUGGGAUACGAUAUGCCUUACCGCCAGUCUCCUAUGCUAAAGCGAUAGACUAUUUCUACGGAGUGUGUAUGCUGUUUAUUUUUGGUGUACUGUUAGAAUUUGCCAUGGUGAACAGUUAUAUGCGCCGUGCUAAUAAGUACAAUCAUAUGGCUGAAAAGAUUCAAAGCAACUACGGGCAGAAGCAUAUUAUAGUACCAUCGGACUACGAUUCGGAAUAUGAGGAGGGUCCUGCGAAGUAUUAUCCGCAUAUAAACAAAAAUUCCGCUCAUCUAAUGUAUAAAGCGUUACGAUAUUCACGAAGGGCGUUAGCAAUCGAUAAGGCAGCUCGGUUUGCUUUCCCAUCUGUAUUUAUGCUGUUCAACGUUAUCUACUGGAUGUAUUACAUGCGGGAACCGGAAGAUCAAUGA